AUGUCGUUCAUGGGCCGUAUAAAUAGCCAAAUGCAACAAUUUGGAAUUGGCAAGAAAGAAAAUGGGCCAUCGCAAUACUCACAGCCGCAAGGAUAUCCGUAUUCCCAACCACAGCAAUAUGCGCAACCGCAACAAUACUAUCAACAACCACCACCCCAACAAAACUACGGCUAUUCUGUGCCCAAUACUGCCGCACCAGCAACCCAACCCAUUGCACCGGUCUCACCUGAGCCGGCUCCAACCCCAUUGCCAACGUAUCAGACAGUACCGCAACCAAACCAACCGACCUUACCGUCCGGAUGGACAACACUCUUUGAUAGUCAGCAGCAGAAAUGGUACUACGUAGAGCAGAAAACAUGCCGGACCCAGUGGGAAGUGCCUACUGCUGAAUCAGUACCUCCUCCGGCUGCACCGGCUCCUCCAGCAGGACCUGUUGAUUCCCAAGUAACCAAGGGGAUCGACGGCCCUCCUAAUUACGAUAAUGCAGCGGGUGCCUGGCAGUCUCCUGCGCCAUACCCUCCUCCUGGACAAGGUGGCUAUCCGCCAGCACCGGGCCAGGCCCAGCCGUAUCCAGAGACGGCAGACACCAAGGCUGCUGCUGGGAAGGAGAAGAAGGGCAUGAGUGGCAAGAACGGCAUGUUGCUCGGCGCUGCUGGAGGUGUUGCUGCUGGCGUGGCCGGCGCUGCUUUGGUAAACAAGGUCAAGAACAAGGAACAUAAUCAGGAGAGUUACUAUGACGGCUAUGCCCAGGGUCACGCCGAAGGGGUUGAGGACUAUGAUAGUGAUUAA